AGGAAAAAUGGCGACUGGUCUUUCAGCAGGUUUCUACAUAGAAGAACUUAAUAAAUACCAGCAGAAGCAUGGAGUAAAAGUUUCAUAUGAGAAACUGUCUGUGACAGGACCGCCACACAACUCAGUGUUUACAUUUCGAGUUAUUAUAGAAGACAGAACAUUUCCACAAGGUGAAGGUAGAACAAAGCAGGAUGCAAAAAAUUCUGCCGCCAAAAUAGCUUUUACUAUACUUAAUCAAGAAAAAAAGGAAAGUAGUUCUUCAUCCUUGAUGCCAAGGGAUACUUCAGAAGAAUCAGCCAAUGGAAAUUAUGUAGGCCUUCUCAAUAGGUUUUCCCAGAAGUACAGAUUACUUAUAAAUUAUGAAUAUGAUUUGGGGGAAGAGGGACCUCAAAGAUUUCAAUUUAAAUGCAAAAUUGGGCAGAAAGUAUAUGGUUUUGGAGUAGCUUCAACUAAAAAGGAUGCAAAACAGUUGGCUGCCAAACUUGCAUUUGAUAAGAUUUCGAAAGAAAUCUCGAUGAAAACUCCCCAGAUGUCUAAUGAGUAUUCUUCUACUGACUCCAGUGACUCUGGAAACAGCUCUUCCAAAGCAUUAGCCUCUGAACAACCAUCUGAAAAUGACUGCUCAGCAAAUGCGUGCAGCUGGCACAGGGGAAGCAGUUGUUCUGCCAUGAAUGGUUUUGCCAGCAAGCUAAGGAAAGUGAAAAUAAAUUUGGCAGCAAAAUUUGCCAAUGCUGAUAUAGAAGACAAUGAGAAUUCUGUGAAUGGAAGGAUUGCCAAAGACUAUGAAGACAUAGUACCAAUUGGUGAAGGUGGAUAUGGAGUAGUUUUCAAAGCAAAACACAAAUUAGAUAAAACCAUUUCUGUUAUUAAACGUGUUGAAUACACCGAUAGUAAAGUAUUGCGUGAAGCACAAGCGUUGGCGACUCUUAAUCAUCCCAAUAUUGUUCAGUAUCGUUAUUGUUGGAAAGAACAACUUCUUGAUGGACAGGAGUACCUUUUCAUCUCAAUGGAAUUCUGCGAUAAAGGGACCCUGGAGCAAUGGAUUGAGCAGAGGAGGGGCAACUACUCAGACAAAGCUUUGGGUUUGGAAUUGUUUGAGCAAAUAACAACAGGAGUGUGUUAUGUACACUCAAAAAACAUAAUUCACAGAGACCUUAAGCCAGGUAACAUAUUCUUAGUAGAUGAAAAACAAAUAAAGAUUGGCGACUUUGGACUUGCCACAUCCCUGAAAACAGAUGAAAAGCGAACAGAGGGUACUGGAACUAAGAGUUACAUGAGCCCAGAACAGCUGAAUUCACAAGAUUAUGGAAAGGAAGUGGAUAUUUUUGCUCUGGGACUAAUUCUCUCUGAACUUAUUCACGUACGUGCGACUUUCCAAGAAACAGUUGCGGUUUUCAAAGAUCUAAGGAAAGGCAUCUUUGAUAAUGUGUUUGAUAACAAAGAAAAAAGCCUUCUACGGAAAUUACUAGCGAAGGAGCCUCAAAGACGACCUGACACAUCUGAAAUACUGAAGACCUUGGCUGAGUGGAAGAAAGUCUUAGAUAAAAAGGAAAGGCAUACCUAUUAGGGUCCUUCUAAAAAGCCUGCUACUUCUAAUAUUUGCUUUCCUUUCAUUAUAUAAGGUCUGCUAAGGGUCAUGGAUAGAUAUUUCCUCUUAUUUUCAUUUUAUUCCUUUUUUUUGUAUUGCCUUUAAGACAGAUUUUCAUUAUUUUUUUUUAACUUCAAAGAACAUUUUUACACAUGAAGAAAUACAGAAUUUUAUUAAUAUUCAGGCUAUAGCUAUAUGGAACACGGUAGGUUUUUUUUUUUUUUUUUUUUUUUUGUCUUUUUCCUUUUUAUUGGUACCGGGGAUUGAACUCACGACUUGCCUGCUUGCAAGGCAGGUGCUUAUGCCGAUGAGCUAAAUCCCCAGGCCCCAGAACAUGGUAGUUUUAAGGAAACAGAAGAAGUCCUUGAAAGAAUAUUUGGUGACCCAUAUUCUCACAUGAAAGGAAAUUGCUUAUGAUUUCACAGAAAGGCCCAUAUCAUUUCUGUUUUCAACACUUCAGCUACAACCUUAUGAUGGAGAAAGUUAGAAGUUAUGUGGAUUGUGCGCUAAGUGAAAAAUCACCUUUUCUGAUGAAGCAGCACAAGUAGUGGAAAAUGAGAAAACACAAAGAUAACUGUAACAGUAAUGAUAAUGAAACCACAACUGAAGCUAAUUUGGAUAAAGGAAAAAAUCUCACAUGAAUCUCUUUUUAUCUAACUUGAAACAAGGAAGCUGUCAGCAAGACCAUCAUAAGAAAGUGAGUGGGAAUUCUUCAGAGGGGAAGAAAACAGAAGAGACACUGAAAGACCUGUUUCAAAGAAUCACUCAGAAAAACAGAGAUCUAGGAAGAAACCACCAUGGCUUUCAGAAGAAGGCAGAAUUUGGUGUGAGGCAAUACCAAGAGGGAAACUGGAUUAAAAUAUAUUACAUUAUAAACUCAACAACCCCAUGAGUGUAGUGUUAAAGAACACAUGGAGGACCUUGAAGAAACUAAAACUGAUUUGCUCAAACAGUAAAGACUUAAUGUGUUCGUCAAAGUUUAACAAAAGGAUAGUUAGUUUGACUACUCCGUUACAUUUGAUGUAUGUUAAAACUGUUGUUAAAGGAUUAUUUUUAUGUUUCAGAUUAAUGAAGAUGUGUGCUGUAAAAUUUUAUGCCAUCAAUUUAUUAAGAAUCUAUUUGAUAGAAUGUAAAUACCCAAAUCCAAUACCCUACCCCCAGAUUGUCCUAAUAAAAAAUUUAAAACCUGA